CGAGGGGGGGAAGCAAAGAUUCGGGUGCGAGGGAGCACCAUGAAGCGCCCGAGUCAGCUUAUCUGGGAGAAAGCCGGUGCCAGGGAAUGGCCAGCCCACUUGUCCAGGGAUGGCGAUGCCAGGUGAUCCUCCCCAGCCCAGGCUGGGAGAGUCGGUCCAGGACUGUUGGAGCCGGUGUAAAACACAUGGGCAAAAAGUGAUCCUAAACAGCACGAGGAGGGGGACAGCCAUGGAAUGUAACUCUCCCAGCUCCCCAGUUGAUAAAUCUGCCCCAGCUCCUCCUUAAAAUGCCCUUUCUGAGCCCCUGAUCUUGGGGGAUCUGCAGUGUCGGAGCCUGGCGUGCAGGAAGAUCCAGCUGUGGAUUGAAUGCCAGGAAUCGAGGGCAGAGCCGCACCUGUGAGCCGUGGCAGCACCUUGUCUUUGCUGAUCCUUUCCUGACCUCUCUGUGAGAGCUCACCCUCACACAGAAAUGGGUCGCUCCUUCACCCUCUAUGUGUAUUUUCCUGGUGAAAAUAAAAGCACGGGAACAUCUACAGUGGGUGACACCCCAGGUCUAUCAAGCAUGCAGAAACGAGGAGAGACCCAGGAGGAAGAGGGAGAGGAUGGGCAACUCAAACACCCCAACCUGGUGAACCUGCUGGAGGUGUUCAGGAGGAAGCGGAAGCUGCACCUGGUGUUCGAGUACUGCGACCACACGGUUCUCCACGAGCUGGACAGGCACCCCCGGGGGGUGCCAGAGUACCUGGUGAAGAGCAUAACCUGGCAGACCCUCCAGGCCGUGAACUUCUGCCAUAAACACAAUUGCAUCCACCGAGAUGUAAAGCCAGAAAACAUCCUGAUAACAAAGCACUCCGUCAUCAAACUCUGUGACUUUGGAUUUGCUCGAAUACUGACCGGUCCCAGUGACUACUACACAGACUACGUGGCCACCCGCUGGUACCGCUCCCCGGAGCUGCUGGUGGGGGACACCCAGUACGGGCCCCCCGUGGACGUCUGGGCCAUCGGCUGCGUCUUCGCCGAGCUGCUCUCGGGGGUCCCGCUCUGGCCGGGGAAGUCUGACGUGGACCAGCUCUACCUCAUCCGGAGAACCCUGGGGGAUCUCAUUCCCAGGCACCAGCAAGUGUUCAGCACCAACCAGUUCUUCAGCGGGGUGAGAAUUCCAGACCCGGAGAGCAUGGAGCCAUUGGAAGUGAAAUUCCCCAAUAUUUCAUACUCUGCUCUGUCUCUCAUGAAGGCAUGCCUUCGGAUGGACCCUGCGGAGAGGCAAACCUGUGAGCAGCUGCUGCAGCAUCCCUACUUUGACAGCUUCAGGGAGGCACUGGAUCUGGGGAAAGAACGGGAAAAAACAGCUCGGAAACCAGCUAGGCUGACCCGGAAGCACGUGCCAGGGUUACAGCACCUGCCCCAGCUGACCAGCAGUAACGUUCUCCCAGCUUUGGACAGCAAGAAGCACUGCUGCAAAACAAGGAAAUCCAACUACCACUUCCCAAACAUCUGACCAGAUUCAGACUUGAUUGUUCAAAGUUCAAGGACAAAUUCGGGAUUCAUAAAGGGAGGAUACACAGUGGAAAACUAAAUUACUAAAUGCUAUGACAUGUACAAAGUGAGUCCAGCCUGAUGAGAGGCUGCCUGACUGCUCCAGGUAGUUCCCAGCCUGCUCCAGGGAUGCACCUGCCUUACUACUGCACUUACAGAUCACAGAGUAUUAAAGCUACUGGUAGUGACUUCACAGGCUCAACAGGCACCGCUCCCAGGAGAACAGAUCAACCAUAACCUCUUGUUUCUUUACUCUAAAUUUUUAGAGUUUCUCCUGAGUGUUUCAUCCAUUGAUUGAGGUUGCUCUUCUUUGCUGUUUCUGACAAUAGUGAAGCCACUUGCUUGUAGUUACAGGAAUUGUUUUGAUCAAAAUUAAUCAUGAACUUAAUUUAUAACAAUGGCCAGACACAGGUAGGGAUUCUACCUUAGUGUUUGUAUUAAGAGUGACUCGGGUUUGUGGAAUCUCAGGAUGUAAUACUGGGUUGAUUUUGAAUAAAAGAAAUGUAGCUUGUUUUUCCAA